CCCAAACUAGUGAAGCGUGUUUGAAUAUAAAAGCUAGAAACAAUACAAUGUCAUCGGCAGAUAGUAACUCUCUGAAUGCAAGUUACGGCCAUACAGAGGUUAAAAUGGAUAAAUCGGUUUUUACCUGGACUAUAGGAAAUUUUAGUAUUUGGUGUUACGACAUGGCUGAAAUAAGAGAACCCUUAGUAUCUCCAACAUUUUCGUCUGGGACUAACGAUAAAUUAAAAUGGUACCUCGUGCUAGACGUCGUAGAUGAAAAACAAUUAUCAUUAUAUUUACAUUGUAAAACUCCCUCAGUUAAAGUCGCAUUUAACUUCAGCAUUUUAAAUCUAAAAAAGGAACAAGAAAAUGUUAGCAGAUCGACGGAAGUGCGUCAUUUUGGCGAAAAGUCUGCGGGUUGGGGUUAUAGAUGCUUUAUAAAUUUGAAUACUUUACUAAACGAAGCCAAGGAUUUGCUGCCUGGUGGUAAACUAACUAUUGUUUGUGAGAUUAGCGAGGUACACAUCGUUAAUAUCACGAAUCCAAUCGACCAACCGGAAAUAAUACAGUCUACGGUUACCGACGAUAAAUUAAGUGAAGAUUUCGACGAUUUAUUUACUAAUCAUGAGUUUAGCGAUGUUACAUUCGCGGUCAGUGAACACGAAAUCAAGGCACACAAAACUAUUUUAGCUGCUCGCAGUAAGGUGUUUGCAGCCAUGUUCGAACAUAAAAUGGUGGAAAACAAGCUUAGUCGAGUCGUCAUUACCGAUAUCGAUCAUGAAGUUCUAAACGAAAUGUUAAGAUUCAUGUAUAUCGGGAAAGCGCCUAAUUUAUAUGAAAUGACCCAUGGAUUGCUGGUAGCUGCUGAUAAGUACGCUUUAGAAGAUCUUAAAGGAAUGUGUGAAAACGCUCUGAAUGUUACCCUUUCGGUAGAAACAGCUGUCGAAACCCUCGUAUCAGCUCACCUCUAUACUACAGGUCAACUGAAAGCGCAAAGCAUCGCUUUCAUUAAAACUCACGUGACCGACGUCAUGCAAACGCAAGCUUGGCAAGACGCGAUCAGAGCACAUCCAGAUCUAAUUUUGGAGGUAUCGCGUGCUUUCGGAAAACAAAUAAAUCCCUAA